AUAAAAAUUGAUAAGUGAUGAUAAAAAUUUGAGCCUUGAAAUAAUUUUUCGGUUUUCUACGAUGUAUUUAAUUAUCUUUAGCUGUUCGAAACGCGAAAAAUUGUACAAUUUUUGCCUUUUCCCAUUCGUAAAGUGAUGUAACGACUAACGAGUGUUUCACAAAAACUACGCGUCAGUAUCAUCAACCACAAUGAUUUCAGGUUUCCUUUGUGUUAUUCUGCCCAUCGUUGUUACCUUAGGCAUUCUUAGAAAAUAUCGCGAAUCGAAAUGGGGCAAAUUCGAAAGCCAAGAUUCGCUGAAAGGAAAAGUUUUCAUAAUUACCGGUGCCAAUUCCGGUAUAGGAAAAGAAACCACAAGGUGUUUGGUUCAAAGGAACGCUAAAGUCAUCAUGGCUUGUCGAGAUAUCAAAAGCGCCAAAAAAGCCAUCGCUGAUAUACGUACAACAACGGCGAAUGGUGAAAUGAUACCUUUGUAUUUGGAUUUGCAAUCGUUAGAUUCUAUCAAAACUUUCGCCAACAUCAUACUGCAAGAUUUCCCUAAAAUUCACGUUUUAAUCAACAACGCCGGAAUCUCGAUUCCUUGCAGACAAAGUAGCAUUACCGACGACGGAUUCGAAAUACAUUUUCAAGUAAAUUACUUGGGACAUUUUAUCCUCACCAAAUUACUAUUGGCACGUUUACAAGAAUCCGCUCCUAGUAGGAUUGUCAUCUUAUCGUCAACACUACACGAAAGAGGAUCCAUCGAUUUUGAAAAUUUAAACGGAGAAAAUGGUUUCGACUUGAAGACUCGUUUCAAUCCACCGUACUGCAAUAGUAAACUAAUGGAUACGUAUUUCGCUUACGAGUUGCGUAAUAAAUUGCAAAACAGCGGCGUAUCGGUGUACGCAGUUUGUCCAGGAUGGUGUAAAACAGGAUUAAUGCGACAUUCGCGACUUACUUGGUAUAAAUGGCCAAUAUUCCUCAUGGUGGCGAUUUUCUUCAUGAGAUCAUCGUAUCAGGGAUGUCAAACUGUCGUUUAUUGUGCUACAUCUGAAGAAUUGGAGCUUCAAAAAGAAGACUGGUUUUAUCGCGAUUGCCAAAAGUAUAAAUCGAAACACGAUUUUAACGCCCAAAUUAGCGAUAAGUUGUGGCAAGUUAGUGAACAGUUGAUUGCCAACACCAAAAAAUUUUAGAACCAAAUAUCUACUUGUACCAUUAUUGUAGCGAAGAAUUUUUAUUUAUUAUUUUACCUCAGUAGAUGUAUUUUAUGUUGUAAUUUUCGGUGUGAGAAGUGAAAAUGUAUCGUGGUUUUUUUUUCUGUUUAGAUUUUUAAGCAAAAUAGAAGUGUUCAGAUUA